AUGCUAGUAAAAAGUUUGGAGGCUGAGGACUACAUAACGCACCUCAACAGCACUUUCCAAAUCCUAAGAAGAUAUAGGAUGAGGCUCAACCCCCUCAAGUGCGCCUUUGGGAUAGCCUCCGGCAAGUUCUUGGGGUACAUGGUCAACCAACAAGGAAUUGAUGCCAAUCCCGAGAAGAUUGAAGCUCUAUGCAAGAUGAGGUCCUCCCAAAAGCCAAAGGAGGCACUUGGGGCAAGCCCCCUCCUCUUCAAACCAAAGCCCGGUGAUAUCCUACAACUAUAUUUGGCCAUCUACAAUGAGGCCAUCAGUUCGGUUCUGAUAUGGGAAGAAAGGUCCACCCAACUCCCUGUAUGCUACACAAGUAAAGCGCUCCUAUCACCGAAAACCCGUUAUCCCAAUAUGGAGAAGCUCGCUUUGGCUUUGAUCAUAGCCUCUAGGAAAUUGAGACCCUACUUCCGAGCACACACCAUCCAUAUACUGACAAAUUUUCCCCUGAGGCAGGCUAGGGCAGCCAUAAAAGGGUCAGCUGGGGAUGUUGGCUCUGGCGCUGGGGUUGUCCUCAUCAGCCCCGAAGGUCCGAAACUCACCUCGGCGGUGAGGUUCGGAUUCAAAGCUACCAAUAACGUAACAGAAUAUGAGGCACUUCUUGCGGGCCUCAGGCUGGCCACCGAAAUGCAAGUAAAGAGGCUACUCAUUAGUAAUGACUCCCAGCUGGUUUUUAGCCAGGUCAAUGAUGCACUCUCGAAGUUGGCUAGCAGCAAGGACUCAGAGCUACUCACAGUAGUACCUAUUGAGCACCUCCUCCUACCUUCGAUCGAGGCCCCAACUAUAAUGUGGAUCGCUGGGACUCCCACUUGGAUGCAGUCAAUCAUAGCAUACCUCAAAGACCAAGAGCUUCUCCUCUCCACUCCUACGGUGCAUCGGAGGAGAAGAGGCUACCCACAUAUUGAGGGAAGUCCACGAGGGCAUGUGCGGCAACCACUCCGGAGGUCUAUCUCUAGCACAAAAAUUAUUGAGGAGUUGACCACCAUCUCGAGCCCUUGGCCUUUCUCAAAAUGGGGUGUGGACCUCAUAGGUCCCCUACCUAAGGGUAGAGGAGGGGCAAGUUUUGCAAUUGUGGCUAUUAAUUACUACACGAAGUGGGUCGAAGCCGAACCACUGGCAAAAAUCACUGAAGCCAACACCUUCAAGUUCUUAUGGAAAGAUAUUAUUUGCCGGUUCGGAAUUCCUCACUCAAUUAUCUCAGACAAUGGCAGACAGUUUGACAACAAGAAGGUUAGAGAAUUAUGCGAAGAGCUCGGCAUAAAAAAGCACUUCUCCACACCUCACCACCCGAAGCUUGAUGUAUCAAAAGGGGCCUGGGUUGAUGAGCUACCCCAAGUCCUUUGGGCGAUCCGAACCACCACCAGGACCCCAACAGGAGAAACGCCCUUCCUCAUGGCAUUUGGAACUGAGGCAAUGAGCCCCAUGGAGGUCGGACUUCCAUCCCCAAGAUGUCUACACUUCAGCGAGAUAACUGACGAUGAGCUUCGAAGGCUCGACCUCAACUUCAUCGAAGAAAGAAGAGAUGAUUCCCAAUUGAAACUCGGUACAUAUCAGAGAAAGAUGACAAGGUACUUCAACUCGAAAGUCAAGAAGAGGUCAUUCCGAUCAACGACCUUGUACUCAGGAGGGUCUUCCUGUCCUCAAAAGAACCUGGUUCCGGUUCCGUUGUUUAUUCGCUUACUUCCAAGGCUCAUUCAGUUCAUUCGUGUUCAUUCACUUAAGUUCGAGGCUCAUACAGUGUUCAUUCACUUAAAUCCGAGGCUCAUUCAGUUGUUUAUUCGCUUAAUUCCGAGGCUCAUUCAGUUCAUUCGUGUUCAUUCGCUUAAGACCAAGGCUCGUUCAGUUGUUCAUUCGCUUAAGUCCAAGGCUCAUACAGUUAUUAUGCUUAAGUAA